AUGACUCUUCUAUACCCAUCAGGCGCAAGGACACUGCAUAAACUCUCUCCAUUUCAGCGCCUUAUCAAGAUCGCACGACACACGCCCUACUCCUCUAGCUCUUCCGACCCUGACACCCCAUCCUGUGUUGGUUUCAGACCAUCCGAAUACGAGGUUGUGGCCGAUGACCCUGUCUCGAGAAGCUCAAGGCACGACCCUCGCCCAGUUGAUGAUGAAACUCUCAAGAAAGACUGGGACGCAGCCACCUGCAGUACCUGCGGUCACAGCAUCGAAGAGCAUGCUGCUCUUACUGACGCCGAUGACGAGGAAGCGACGCGCCGAGGAAAAGUAGCAGUGCGGCUAGACGAGCUCUUGGAAGACAAGGGAAAGCUUCUUGACUUUACCUACACUGAUCCCGACAUCGAAUCGCUGCGCAAACAAAUGAGACCUGUUGGUGCUGACGGCCUUGUCGAAGCAUCCAGCCCGGUCUCACAACUCAGCACCGUACCCGACGCGACACCCAGUCCAUAUCCGUCCACUCAAGCGCUACCCAACGGAUCCGGACCACACUCAUCAACACCGCUUCUACAAAGCCUCAACCGCAAGCGCAAACUUCGAGACAGCUCGCGCUCGCGAUCAAGGUCACGCGACAGGGAAGCAUCAGUAGCCACCUCGAGUCGACUCUCAAGUCCAGAGAUGACCGUCGUUCAUUCCAACCCGGCAUCGCGACAACAAUCUACCGAGCCUGGCACGAUCAAUGGACGAUAUGACGCCAAGCGAAGGAAGCUUGCAUCGUCAGACUUGGCAAAAGAGAGCACGGUCGAAGCCAACAUGUCGACAGACCUUAGCGAUGAAUCGGCUGAGCUUACCGGAGUGGAAGCGGUCGAACCAACAGCGAAUGGCGAGGAUGCAUUGCAAGAAGCCAAAAAAGGAGCAGCAAACGAGUCGAAAAGCGCAGUUUGCGCAUCGGCAGACGCUGAUACCGCCGAAUUCGGCCAGACAAAGGUGAAAGCGGAAGAGGCCGUCGACCUGGAAGAAGCGAUGCAACCUGCACCAAAGAGCGCCGCAUCUGCGGUCGAAGAAGGCGUCGCGCAAAAAAAGGAGCGACCAGCGGUGAUCGAGGAGCGUACAGGUCUCAUCCAGUUCAGAGUGGUGACCAACGACGACGAUCACGAAUCCAUGAUUCUGCUCACGGGACUCAAAAACAUCUUUCAACGUCAGCUGCCCAAGAUGCCACGCGAGUAUAUCUCGCGUCUCGUCUUUGAUCGCAACCACCAGAGCGUGGCGAUUGUCAAGCGUGGAUUGCAGGUGGUGGGAGGCAUCACAUAUCGGCCAUUCAAGCAGCGUAAAUUUGCCGAGAUUGUGUUCUGCGCUAUCACGAGCACCGAGCAGGUCAAAGGAUACGGCUCGCACCUCAUGAAUCACGUCAAAGACCACGUCAAGGCUUCUUCGCCCGUCAUGCAUUUCCUCACGUAUGCCGACAACUAUGCUAUCGGCUAUUUCAAAAAGCAGGGCUUCACCAAGGAGAUCAGUUUGGAUCGUUCAAUCUGGGUGGGCUAUAUCAAAGACUACGAGGGCGGUACGCUGAUGCAGUGCAGCAUGGUGCCACGAGUUAAAUACCUGGAAGUGUCGGACAUGCUUGCGGCGCAAAAGGAAGCAAUACUGGCCAAGAUCCGGAGCAUCAGUCGUUCGCAUGUGGUCCAUAAAGGUCUGCAAGCCAUGCACGACCGCGACCGGUUGAUCAAACUCAAGGGGUUGAUCGAGAAUCCGGAUGGCACAGUGGCAAAGCCGGAACGCGCAGCCAAGCGUGAUCAAAACCACGGUGAAGAGGAUCCGACAGCAACGUUCCUUGUGAAUCCGUCCGAAGUGCCAGGCUUGAAGGAAAGCGGUUGGACGCCCGAGAUGGACGAGCUGAGUCGACGGCCCAAACGAGGGCCACACUUUGCCGUCAUGCGCCACAUUCUGGUGGAGCUCAACGGACACGGAAGUGCGUGGCCGUUUGUGAAUCCAGUCAACGGAGACGAGGUGACUGACUACUACGACGUGAUCAAGAAUCCCAUGGAUCUGUCCACGAUGGAAGCCAAGCUGGAGAACAACCAAUAUGCCAACGUCGAUGAACUUGUCGCCGAUGCCCAGCUCAUCUUUGACAACUGUCGCUCGUACAAUCCGGCUUCAUCGCCUUAUGCAAAGAGCGCCACCAAGCUGGAAAAGUUUCUCAAAGAGACUUUGUUGCCCAAGGUGCAGAGCUCCUUGUGA